AGAGCAAGAGAGAGAGAGAGAGAGACACAUACAGAGAGAGAGACACACACACAUAUAGAGAAAGAGAGAGAGAGAGAGAGAGAGAGAGAUGAAUCGGAAGAACAUCAGAAAGUCAGAAGUGUUUUACAGAAGAUCUCAUCAGUAUUUUAACACACUUGUUUGAGGAAUGGACUUUGUUGCAGGAUGUUUUGGAGGUGCUGCUGGUGUGCUGGUGGGACAUCCGUUUGAUACAGUGAAGGUGAGACUUCAAGUGCAGAAUGUGGACAAGCCGCUGUACCGCGGGACCAUUCACUGUUUCCAGUCCAUUGUUCGGCAAGAAUCGAUGUUCGGCCUGUAUAAAGGAGUCGGCUCACCGAUGAUGGGUCUGACCUUCAUCAACGCCAUCGUGUUCGGCGUUCAAGGUAACGUCAUGCGGGCGCUGGGGACGGACACUCCUGUCAAUCAGUUCAUGGCGGGCGCUGCGGCCGGCGCCAUUCAGUCCGCCAUCAGCUGUCCGAUGGAGCUCGCCAAGACACGCAUGCAGAUGCAGGGCAUGGGCGAGAAGGACACUUCCAGGAAGCUGUACCGGAACUCUCUGGACUGUCUGCUGCGCAUCUACAGGAGAGAAGGAAUCCGAGGCAUUAACAGAGGAAUGAGGACCACGAUCAUUCGUGAGACGCCAGGAUUCGGGGUGUACUUCCUCACCUAUGACGUUCUGACUCGUUCACUGGGCUGCGAACCCAACGACGUCUACAUGAUUCCCAAGCUGCUGUUCGCGGGAGGGUUGUCUGGAAUGGCGUCCUGGAUGUCCACCUACCCCGUGGACGUGAUAAAGUCCCGUCUUCAGGCAGACGGUGUCGGUGGAGUAAACAGGUAUAACGGGAUAUCGGACUGUGUGCGUCAGAGCUGGGAGCGUGAGGGAUGGAGAGCGUUCACGCGAGGUUUGACCUCCACGCUCUUGAGAGCGUUUCCCGUGAACGCCACCACAUUCGCCACGGUCACAUUGUUCCUCAUGUAUAUGAGGGAUGACGACAGUUUGAAGGACUGCGAGCCGAUACAGUCCAACAUUCAGCACGACAGUCUGUGAGUGAAACAUCUGAUGUCUCAAAACGAAGAUGAUCUCGGAGUGUUUGAGGACGAUGGAUCAUGAGAUCCUGAGACGUCUCCUCAUACAUGUGCAUGAGCACCAAAGCGUGUCAGAAGCACGUGCCGCAUCACCUCUCCUGUAAGGCUGAUUGAAGAACUAUUGUGGGACUAGGAGGAUUGUGGGGAAUAUACUAUACUGUCGAUAGUUCUUCAAGCAGCCUUUUAAUAAUGGAGACGUGAUGCGGCACGUGCGUCUGACACGCUUUGGUGCUCAUGCAGGUAACACAGGUUUGAGUCCAGGCAUGUCCUGUUCCCACUGACCCAUUAUCCCUGUAUUUCUUCCGUAACUCUCUGCUGUGAUUCUAAUAAAGAUGGAAAAUUCCCAAUAUGAAGGUCAAUCAACGGAGGUUUAUGCCUCACUCAAGGAUCACAUUAUCGUUAUCGUGUUUCAUGCUCUACACUCAUCUGUCAAUCAUCUUUUAUUUGUCCUGUUCUCAUAUUUCUCAAUUAUUAUCAGCAUAAGGCUUCAAACCUUCCAUUUAAAAGUAAUUCUUCAAUUCAUUUCAACAUGUAGAUGUUCAGAGAUGACGUUUUGGAAUUGUAAUAGUGCCACAGCAGCUCUAACUCAAUAGGAACAUUUUCUGAAGAAAUUGAGAACGAUAAAACCACAAUGUCCCACCAAGGGUCCCGAGUCAAGAGAUCCCACUGGUCUGGAGAUCCCUUGUAAACAUGAAGCGUUAGCACACUUCUCCUCAAUAGAGCUGUUCGGCUGUGAUGUCAUUUUAUAAGCAAACCCGGAAGACUAAUUCAGCAUGUGUUCCUUUGGGAAUUCCGCUUUAGAAUAGGGAUUUUUAAACUAGUAGAAAGUCAAAUAAGAUCUGUGGUGAAAAUUACUGUUUUAGAACAUAAAUUAAACACAGUCACACCUCAACCAUGGAUAUUAAAGCUGUUGCGUUGUUUAAAAAUGCAUGUUGCUAACCAGUCACUAAAGGACUACAAAAGUUGUUCAUUUCAUAAAGCAUGUAGCUCACAUGCUGAUGGUAUUUGUAGUCCUUACUUAGCAUCGUGAAAGCAACAUGUGUUAUUCUUCCCAGUUGUAGAAUCUCAGUUGCCUCCGCAUCUGAGACCGUCAAUCCGCGCAUCUUGAGCGCAUGUUACUGUGGAGACGUAACGCAUGUGGAGGCUUCACGCUAUUCUCCGUGGCAUCCACGCACAACUCACCACACGCCCCACCGAGAGCGAGAACCACAUUAUAGUGACCACGAGGAGGUUACCCCAUGUGACUCUACCCUCCCUAGCAACCGGGCCAAUUUGGUUACCCCAUGUGACUCUACCCUCCCUAGCAACCGGGCCAAUUUGGUUACCCCAUGUGACUCUACCCUCCUUAGCAACCGGGCCAAUUUGGUUACCCCAUGUGACUCUACCCUCCCUAGCAACCGGGCCAAUUUGGUUACCCCAUGUGACUCUACCCUCCCUAGCAACCGGCCCAAUUUGGUUACCCCAUGUGACUCUACCCUCCCUAGCAACCGGGCCAAUUUGGUUACCCCAUGUGACUCUACCCUCCUUAGCAACCGGGCCAAUUUGGUUACCCCAUGUGACUCUACCCUCCCUAGCAACCGGGCCAAUUUGGUUAUCCCAUGUGACUCCACCCUCCCUAGCAACCGGGCCAAUUUGGUUGCUUAGGAGACCUGACUGGAGUCACACGCCCUGAAUUCAAACUCGCGACUCCAGCGGUGAUAGCGUCAAUACUCGCUGAGAUACCCAGAACACCCAGCGAAUUGUUAAUUUUAACAUUAACUUAUAAACCUUUAAAAACAGAUGCACCGUGAGCUCUGAGGUUUUUAGUCGAUGAUAUAUGCUUCUGUUGAAGACAUCCGUCCAACUGAUUUCAUCUUCAUUGUUAAAAAAUUGCUAUUAAAAAUAUUGUUUCUAUACUCAUAAUCAAUAACUGUAUAAUUUCCCAUUGUUUUUAAUUUGAUUACAUCAUUUGCAAUGCAUCAUGGGAUUGUAGUUCAUUCCUCAUUAAA